UUCCUUUUUUCCUUCCAGCUCUAUAGUGGAUAUCUAUAAAAUAGUAGCUCAUUGCAGUUUGGGUUUACAUUUUCUUAAUAACUUGUUAGGGGAAUUUUUUUUUUCAAGUGCUAAACGACCAUUUGUUUCUCUUGUUGGAUGAAUUUACUUUUGUGUGAGGAAAAGUGUCACGUACACCAGUGAUUUUGCAGUUUUAAUUACAUUUUAGAUUUUGGUGUAAGAAGAAGGUCUAUUUGAAGAGCAUACCAUCAGGAUAGGACUGGGUGUGUUGCUUUGUUUAGAUGUAGAUUACUUUCCCAGCAGCCCAUUUGAAAUCCAAUUGGGUAGAUCUCUCCAAAGACAAAAAAGGAACCAUCCAUUUCUGUCAUUUUCCUUUAUAAUUCUCUCCUUAUCAAAUUCUAACUUACUAUAAAGAUGUGUAACAGUUGCUCAAUGGAGAGAUAAGUAAGAUGACUGACUAAUGGGGGAAAAAGUAGACUGAAGGGAGGAAAAACAAAAACGAGUAGUUCACUUAGUAUUUUGAUCCUGUAGUUCACAUUUAUUAUAUUCUGCUAGAACUUUUCACAUUGAAAAUUUUUGUGAUUUUCAUAGCAGUCUGUUUCACGGGUCUGACUAUUGAAUGAUAAUAUUAGAAUUAAUUACUAGUUGCAUAAGUGAUUAAAAUAAGCACUUAUCUGAGUUGGUGUGAGAGGAGGAUUAGUUUGGGCCAUUGGUAGCAGAUUCUUACCCCUAAGAACUUUGGAAGGCGCUGGGGAGCCAUGGAUGGUUCCUACCUGGAUUGGGCACCACCACUUUGUUCCUCUGCGUUUCCGGAAGAUUUACCUGACCAUGGUGUGUCAGAAAUUAAGUGCUAGGGUUUUACAGUGAGCCGGCUUGUUAUUAUCUGGUGUUAUGCAUUCAUGUGCCACAUUUUUUUUUUGUCAACAAUGGGGCACAUACAUAAAAGUGAUCGCAAAAGGUUACAUCCAAGAUGUUAUCACCCAGUGACAUGGUGGAACCCUCAGUUUGAACAAGUACAUACUAUGAUGUUGGUACAGUACCACAUUGGCACAAUGGCUCAUUUCUCAACAUGUAACCAUGUUUUUAGGUGUUGUAUGACUGUAAUUGGUUUCCAUCAUAGGUAACUUCAUGAAUAAAUGCUUCUAAAAUACUUCUUCAAUCAAUUGUGUGAUUAGUAUUUCAUGUAGAAUCAAAUUUUUUCAUAAUUAUGAAUAUUAAGCUUAAAAUCUCUAGCAGGAAGAUAACUCAAAGUGCAUAUGAAUAGCUCUAGACAAUUAGAUUGUGUUUAAUGUCUUAGAAAGCAAGUGAUAAACAGUGGUAUGUGAGGAAAACCACUGAAGAAAGGGGGCAUGUUCAAGCUGAACUGCCUCCAGUGUAUCUAAGAACAGACGUGUGUGUACUUCAGCAUGUGUCAAGUCGUCCUUAGCUUUGAGGCACAGCUUAAAGCAUUCCUGAAAUAAUCAUCUAAUGUGUGAGUAAGGAAGAAUUAAAGUAUUUGAGAACAGAGGCGAUACACAUUUUAAACAUUUGCUACAGAGUUACUUUCAUUUUCUAGGGAACACCUAGGUUAGUUCAUUGGAAAAAUAGGAAAAAGUGCCCAGCCGCACGGGCCUGUUUGAUUGUGUUCACAUUGCUGCCUGUAUGGGAGGUGCACCAGCUGUUUGAGUGGCAGCAGCAGGAGCUUUCACUUCAGGAGUUUAUAAUUCCUGGCUAUUCUAGGAUAGUUUGCACUUCACCAAGCCACAGUCAGGUCAGGACAUUCGGUAGGAGAAGGUUGAAAGAAAAAAGCAGCAGGCCUUGGGUUCUCAGCCUUUUCAAGUUAUUAGUGAAAAUCCUCAAGUUAGUCUGGUGGUUAGAGAUUUCAGGAAUGUGCCUGUGUUACAUGUAGAGUACCGCAUCAACCAAGAGGAGUUUCAAAAUGUCAAAACCGGGAAAAGCUUCUCUAAACCAUGGCUUGGUUCCUGUUGAUCUUAAAAGUGCAAAAGAGCCUCUGCCACAUCAAACUGUGAUGAAGAUAUUUAGCAUUAGCAUCAUUGCUCAAGGCCUUCCUUUUUGUCGAAGACGGAUGAAAAGAAAGUUGGACCAUGGUUCUGAGGUUCGUUCUUUUUCACUGGGAAAGAAACCAUGCAAAGUUUCAGAAUAUACAAGUACCACUGGACUUGUACCAUGUUCAGCAACACCAACCACUUUUGGGGACCUGAGAGCAGCCAAUGGCCAAGGGCAACAACGGCGCCGAAUUACAUCUGUACAACCACCCACAGGACUCCAGGAAUGGCUGAAGAUGUUUCAGAGCUGGAGCGGGCCAGAGAAAUUGCUUGCAUUGGAUGAACUCAUUGAUAGUUGCGAGCCGACACAAGUAAAGCAUAUGAUGCAAGUGAUAGAACCCCAGUUUCAACGAGACUUCAUUUCGUUGCUCCCUAAAGAGCUGGCACUCUAUGUGCUUUCAUUCCUGGAACCCAAAGACCUGCUACAAGCGGCUCAGACUUGUCGCUACUGGAGAAUUCUGGCCGAAGACAACCUUCUGUGGAGAGAGAAGUGCAAAGAAGAGGGGAUUGAUGAACCAUUGCACAUCAAGAGAAGAAAAGUAAUAAAACCAGGUUUCAUCCACAGUCCAUGGAAAAGUGCAUACAUCAGACAACACAGAAUUGACACCAACUGGAGGCGAGGAGAACUCAAAUCUCCUAAGGUGCUGAAAGGACACGAUGACCAUGUGAUCACAUGCUUACAGUUUUGUGGUAACCGAAUAGUUAGUGGUUCUGAUGACAACACGUUGAAAGUUUGGUCAGCAGUCACAGGCAAGUGUUUGAGAACAUUAGUGGGCCAUACAGGUGGAGUGUGGUCAUCACAAAUGAGGGACAACAUCAUCAUCAGUGGAUCUACGGAUAGGACCCUCAAAGUAUGGAACGCAGAGACUGGAGAAUGUAUCCACACCUUAUAUGGGCAUACGUCCACUGUGCGUUGUAUGCAUCUGCAUGAAAAACGUGUUGUUAGCGGUUCUCGAGACGCAACUCUUAGGGUUUGGGAUAUUGAGACAGGCCAGUGUUUACAUGUUCUCAUGGGUCAUGUCGCAGCAGUCCGCUGUGUUCAGUACGAUGGCAGAAGGGUUGUUAGUGGAGCCUAUGAUUUCAUGGUGAAGGUGUGGGAUCCGGAGACUGAGACCUGUCUACACACGCUGCAGGGGCACACGAACAGAGUCUAUUCAUUACAGUUUGACGGAAUCCACGUGGUGAGUGGAUCUCUGGAUACAUCCAUCCGAGUUUGGGACGUGGAGACCGGGAACUGCAUUCACACGCUAACAGGGCACCAGUCGCUAACCAGUGGGAUGGAACUCAAAGACAAUAUCCUCGUCUCUGGGAAUGCAGAUUCUACAGUCAAAAUCUGGGAUAUCAAAACAGGACAGUGUUUACAAACAUUGCAAGGUCCCAACAAGCAUCAGAGCGCUGUGACCUGUUUACAGUUCAACAAGAACUUUGUAAUUACCAGCUCAGAUGACGGAACUGUAAAACUAUGGGACUUGAAAACGGGUGAAUUUAUUCGCAACCUUGUCACAUUGGAGAGUGGGGGGAGCGGGGGAGUUGUGUGGCGGAUCCGAGCCUCCAACACCAAACUGGUGUGCGCAGUCGGGAGUCGGAAUGGGACAGAGGAGACCAAGCUGCUGGUGCUGGACUUUGACGUGGACAUGAAAUGAAGAACAAGAAAGAUGAAUUUGUCCAAAUGUGUAGACAAUAUACUCCCUACCCUUCCCCCCUGGAAAAAAAAAAAAGAAGAAGAAAGAAGAAAUGAAAAAAAGAAAAAAAAAAUCCCUUGUUCUCAGUGGUGCAGGAUGUUGGCUUGGGACAACAGAUUGGCAAGACCUACAGACAAAGACGGUGAAGAGGAAGGGACAAGGCGUGAGUAAUGAGAGCCGCCUGCUGUGUCAGCGUGGACACGCGUCACUCUGGACUGAGGGCAGCUUUGCGAAUGAGACCUUCUAAAUCAAACCAGGUGCAAUUAUUUCUUUAUUUUCUUCUCCAGUGGUCCUUGGGCAGUGUGACUGCUGAAACAUCAUCGCUGAUCCCGCUGGCCUGUUCUUUUACCACUGACAGCUAGGAAAGGAGCUGCAAUAACAUCCGAAUGAAUGAGUACUGGUUGACUUUCUAAUUAGAGAGCAUCUGCAACAAAAAGGAAUUUUUCUGGAGUGGAAAAGCUUAAAAAAAAAAAAAAGGAAAAAAUUACUGUGAAUUUUUUUUUGUACAGUUAUCAUGAAAAGCUCUUUUUUUUUUUUUUUUUUUUUUUUGCCAACCAUUGCCAAUGUCAAUCAAUCACAGUAUUAGCCUCUGUUCCUCUCUUUCCUAUUGCUUCCAUAUACACUCUUCGAUUCCUGUGUUGCUCAAAGGUGGCAAGUUGUCCUGGGUUCUGUGAGUCCCGAGUUGGAUUGAAUUCUGGAUGCUGGUGCUAGAAGUAGGUCUUCAAAUAUGGGAUUGUUGUCCCGCCCCUGUACUGUACUCCCAGUGGCCAAACUUAUUUAUGCUGCUAAAUGAAAGAAAGAAAAAAAAAAAAGAAGAAGAAGCAAAUUAUUUUUUUUUAUUUUUUUUCUGCUGUGACGUUUUAGUCCCAGACUGAAUUCCAAAUUUGCUCUAGUUUGGUUACAGAAAAAAAAAAAAAAGACUUUUUUGCCGCUGAAACUUGAACCAUCUGUGCCUCUAAGAGGCUGAGAAUGGAAGAGUUUCAGAUAAUAAAGAGUGAAGUUUGCCUGCAAGUAAAGAAUUGAGAGUGUGUGCAAAGCUUAUUUUCUUUUAUCCGGGCAAAAAUUACACAUUCCUUGGGACAGAGCUGUUACCGCCUGUUCUGUGGGGAAAUUUUUCUUUUUGAGGGCUGUGGUGAAUGGAUGAACGUACAAAGUAAAACUGACAAAAAAUAUUUUAAAAAUAUAUAAAACACAAAAUGAAAAUAAAGUUGCUGGUCAGUCUUAGCGUUUUACAGUAUUUGGGAAAACAACUGUUACAGUUUUGUUGCUCUGUAUAACUGACAAAGCAGAAACGACUCCGUUUUUGUAGUAAGGGCGUCACAUGCAAACAUGAGAAAUGAAUGAAAAAGUCGGAUGGUUUGCCUCAUUCUCCAAGAGCCACAACUCAAGCUGAACUGUGAAAGUGGUUUAACACUGUAUCUUAGGCGAUCUUUUUUUUUCCCUCCUCCUGUUUAUUUUUUGUUUUGUUUUGUUUUAUUUAUAGUCUGAUUUAAAACAAUCAGAUUCAAGCUGGUUAAUUUUAGUUAUGUAACAACCUGACAUGAUGGAGGAGAACGACCUUUAAAGGGAUUGUGUCUAUGGUUUGAUUCACUUAGAAAUUUUAUUUUCUUAUAACUUAAGUGCAAUAAAAUGUGUUUUUUCAUGUUA